AUGAAGCUGGCUAUAGUGUUGUUUUCCCUACUGGCCCUGUCCGAAUGCCUGCACAAGGUCCCCCUGAUUAAGGGGAAGACAGCAAGGAUGAUCCUGAAGGAGAAGGGGCUAUGGGAGGACUUCAGGAAGAAGUAUCCCUACAACCCCAUGGUCAAGUUUGACCCCAGGUUUGCUGUCAGCGCUGAGAGCUUGACUAACGACGCUGAUCUGGAAUACUAUGGUGUCAUUUCCAUUGGAACUCCGCCUCAGUCCUUCACUGUCAUGUUCGACUCGGGCUCCUCCAACCUGUGGGUUCCAUCCACCUACUGCAACAGCCAGGCUUGCACUAACCAUAAUACAUUCAACCCUCAGGAUUCUUCUACCUUCCAGUCCACUUCACAGUCAGUCUCUGUCCAGUAUGGAACUGGGAGUAUGACAGGGUUUUUGGGAUAUGACACUGUCCAGGUGGGUGGGAUUACCAUCAGCAACCAGAUCUUUGGUCUGAGUGAAUCAGAGGGUUCCUACAUGUACUACUUGGUACCUGAUGGAAUCCUUGGUUUGGCCUUCCCUUCCAUCUCCUCAUCUAGUGCCACCCCAGUCUUUGACAACAUGAUGAGUCAGGGCCUGGUGUCUGAGGACCUCUUCUCUGUCUACUUGAGCAGUGACUCUGAGUCUGGUAGUUUUGUCCUCUUUGGUGGGAUUGAUUCCUCAUAUUAUACUGGCAACAUCUACUGGAUUCCACUGUCUGCUGAAACAUACUGGGAGAUUAACAUGGACAGUGUGACCAUAAAUGGAACUGUUGUGGGAUGUUCUGGAGGCUGCCAGGCGAUUGUGGACACCGGCACCUCUCACAUUAUUGGGCCAACCAGUGACAUUGAUAACAUCAAUCAAUGGGUGGGAGCAACUGUGGACCAGAAUGGAGAUGGAAUUGUGAGCUGUAGUAAUGUUCAAAGCAUGCCUGAUGUGACCUUCACCCUUAAUGGAUAUACUUUCACCAUCCCUGGCUCAUCCUAUGUCACUGAGUCCAGCGAUGGCUGCACCACUGGGUUUACCGGUAGUGGCAGUACCGAGUUCUGGAUCCUGGGUGAUGUCUUUAUCAGAGAGUUCUACGUCAUCUUCAACAGAGGCAACAAUUCAGUAGGCCUUGCUGUAGCUGCAUAA